GGCACAUUCCGUGAGAGAAUACCUGAAAUGAUCCCACUCGACUUGGGACAAUUAGUUCUGCUUUUCCCGUUCACCGCGAGCCACUAUACGAGGCUAUGAGUCGCUUAACGAAUUUUCGACCCUGACGAGUGACUUGCUUCGAGGAAGGCCCAACUCGGCUAUAAAGGUCAGCCGCUCCAGCUAUCAAUCUCACACCUCCUACAGCGGGUACACCAAUCCAAACACAGUCAACAUGUCUUCUCAAGAAGCCGACGCGGUCCACGGCCCUGCUCAAAGUUUGGCUUCUCUGACUGCCAACUUACUCAGGCCUGGUCGCUAUUCGGAUCUCAACAUUAACUAUCGAGGAAAGGUCUUCAAGGCUCAUCGCAAUGCCGUCGCAUUUCAGUCAAAGCCUCUCGCUGCCGAAAUUGAUGACAAUUUUAAGGAAGCAAAGAUCAGAAGUGAUGAUCUAGAAGACCAUGAUCCGAACAUCAUUGAAAAGUUUAUCGAUUUCCUCUACACCGAGCAAUACGACGAUGGUGGAUCGAAAGCUGCGAAGACAUCUGCACCUGAGGCUUCUAACGCUCUGCAUACCAACACCGCUCUGUAUAUCGUUGGCGACAAAUUCGAUGUUACCGCAUUGAAGACUUUGGCGAAAGAAGAAUAUGAGAAAACUUUAUCUGCUUCGUGGAACUGCAUCUUGUUCACCUCGAACUUGAAGCUUGUCUAUGCGGGUACUGCCAAGAACGACCGACUGCUCAUGGGGGUUGCAACCAAUGCAGCUGCGAACCAUGUGGAGGAACUGGUGAAGAACUCUGAGUUCGCUGAGUUGUGCCAAUGCGACGGGGAUAUUGGGUUUGCCGUCCUCAAAUCCUGUCACUCACCGACUCUCCAGGCCCUGGUAAAAAAGUGUGAGUCUUGCCAGCAAUACUACGGAAAGAAGUUGCACCAUCAACCGUAUUAUACGUGCUCUUCUUGUGGCUACACUUACUAGUAGCUAGACGGCAGAUUAGUUACGGGAAUUGUUUCAGGGACACUGACGAAUGUAGCCUUGUAGUUCACAAUAUGAAAACCUUUCCCUAAAUCCUUUCUCGCCUGCUGAAUGUCCGUUU